UCCACGAUGGCUCCGCUGUCGAAACUGAUCCAGUACUCUCAGCUACUAUCAAUCCUACUCCUCCUUGCAGCAGCAACAGCAACCAUGCAGCAAGUCGCGGCUGCCGCUGAUGAACUAAAAGGCCGGCCGCGGCAGGGGAUGGGUCGUCCGGGUUGCCGGGACAAGUGCGGCAGCAUGAGCAUCCCGUUCCCCUUCGGCAUGGACAAGCCCGGCUGCUUCCUCCCCGGCUUCGAGGUAACCUGCAACACCUCCUUCAGUCCGCCUCGCGCCUUCCUCGCCUACAACCACAACGACCCGCCGUACCAGGCGAUCUACCGGUGCAAGUUCGGCACCGACACCUCAGGCUGCAAGUACACCUAUCAGCCGGUCGAGCUGUUCGGCAUAUCGCUCGAGACCAACGAAGUACGUGUGUACGGCGGCGUCACCUCCCGGUGCUUCACGAGCGAAACCGCGGGGUUAACAAAGGGCCAAUACAUGGAGCUGGACAGGGCGGGGCCGUUCCUCCUGUCCCCGCGUGACGACCUCGUCGGCGUCGGCUGGAACGUCAAGUCCUCCAUGUCCUACCAGAUCAAGCCCUACCCGGACCUCCUCUCCUGCACCUCAAACGACCCCUUCCGGGUCACCGCCCCGACCGGGUCCUGCUCCGGCCUCGGCUGCUGCCGGGUCGCCCUGCCGCCCCCGUGGCCGACGAUGCCCGUCAUCGAGACAGCGGUGAUCCUCGAGGAGGUCAAUGCUGGCGCCAAUAAUUUCUGGAAAACCAAUCCGUGCUCCUACGGCAUGGUGGUGGAGGGGUCGUGGUACAACUUCACCGCUGAGGACAUGGCCGGCUACGAGGUGCUCUCUAAGAAGCUCACCAGGGGCUUCCCUUUGGUGCUUGAUUUCGCCAUCAGGAACGGCUCCUGCCAGCGCGACGGCUGUCCCAGCGGCAACAGUUCAUGUGCCAAUGCGGCCUAUGACUCCGAAGGCUAUGUCUGCAAGUGCAAAGAGCAUUACCAUGGCAAUCCCUACAUCGCCAAUGGAUGCCAAGCAGUGAACAUGCACAUGUAGCCGGCAAAUCGUGAAGUGGAGUGACGGAGAAUCGUGGAUCGCCUGCAGAUGUGGUCACGAGGAUGCAUCUCUUGGUGCGCAUUAGGCGAGGGAUUGAAUAAAACAAAAGUUGUCAAAUGUUGCGUCGCUCUGUGGACCUUUUCUUUUUGGUUCGGUAGAAGCUCAAAACUUAAUUAGUUGUUUCUUCUACUGGGUUUUGUGGUACUAAGGUGUUAAGGUGGAA